CAUGUUCACCAUGUGGCGUCUAAACUGUUGCGGUGCCAAUGUGGCUGAUAAUUAAUCAAAUUCGUAUUUUUACUCCAUAAAUUAAGUGCAAAAAAUAAAUUGAUAAAGCUUGCUCCAUAAAAGGCUUUGUUCUGAAAAACUAAUGGCUUCUCUCAUAUGAUAACAGAAAUAUAAACAAAUAAUUGGGAGAUAAGUAGCAAACCUCUAUCAGCCAUAUUAGCAAUUAACAACAAAUGUUCCAUUAAAGCCGCAGAUAAGUUUGCCAAGUAUUGGUUAACUUAAACGCAAAUUGUCAAACGUAACAGAAGCGAUAUCUCCCUAAGAACAUAAAUAAUUGCUCUGGCAAUUAGCUAAACUCAGUGAGUAUUCUAACGACCCAGCAAUCGGACAUGGCUCUUCUGGAGCUCUGUCUGGCCUUUCUGGCCAUCGGUUUUCUGAUCUACAAAUGGAGCACGGCCACCUUCAACACCUUUGAGGAGCGGAAUCUAUACUUCGAAAAACCUUACCCAUUUGUUGGUAACAUGGGAGCAUCAGCCAUGCAGAAGGCCUCCUUCCAGAAGCAAAUCACCGAGUUCUACAAUCGAACUCGACGACACAAAGUUGUAGGCCUCUUCAACCUUCGCACUCCAAUGAUUCAGCUAAACGACCCCCAGCUGAUUAAGAAGAUCUGCGUUAAGGACUUUGAGUACUUUCCCAACCACCAGCAGUUCAUCAGCCCGAAUGAGCGUUUGAUAAACGACAUGGUCAAUGUGAUGAGGGACCAGCGCUGGAGGCACAUGAGGAGCACCCUGACCCCGGUCUUCACGGCGGCCAAGAUGCGCAGCAUGUUCACCCUGAUGAACGAGAGCUUCUCGGAAUGUAUGCAGCACCUGGACACUUACUCGAAAACUUCCUCUGGUAAAAAGGGUUUUGAGGUGGACAUGAAGGGGUUGUGUAAAAAGCUUUCUAACGACGUCAUCGCCACAACUGCUUUUGGUCUUAAAGUUAACUCCUUUGAUGACCCCAAAAAUGAGUUCCAUGAGAUCGGGCAGACACUGGUUUUCUCCCAGGGUCUUCCGUUCUUUAAGUUCAUGCUUUGCCUUUCGGCUCCGAGAUUAUUUAAUUUUUUGAAACUAAAGAUCUUUGACUCCGGCAAAGUUGAUUACUUUGUUCGCCUCGUGGUGGAAGCCAUUAGGUACCGAGAGGAACACAACAUAACCCGUCCAGACAUGAUCCAACUGCUGAUGGAGGCCAAGAAGGAAUCGGAGGAUAACUGGACGGACGAUGAGAUCGUGGCCCAGUGUUUCAUUUUCUUUUUCGCCGCUUUUGAAAAUAACUCAAAUUUGAUCUGCACCACCACCUACGAACUGCUGCAGAAUCCCGAGAUCCAAGAGCGUUUGUACGAGGAGGUGAAGGAGACCCAAGAGGCUUUGAAUGGCGGAACCCUUAACUACGAUACCGUGCAGAAGAUGACCUACAUGGACAUGGUCAUUUCUGAGUCCUUGCGCAAAUGGACUUUAGCUGCCGCCGCAGACCGUCUCUGCUCCAAGGAUUACACCCUCACAGACGAUGAAGGCAACAAGCUCUUUGAAUUCAAGGUUGGCGACAACGUAAGCAUUCCCAUCUGUGGUCUGCACUGGGAUGAACGCUACUUCCCGGAGCCCAGGAAGUUUGAUCCGGAGCGGUUUAGCGAGGAGCGGAAAGGGGAGCUGGUCCCCUAUACCUAUUUGCCUUUUGGAGUCGGACCCCGCAGCUGUAUUGCCAAUCGCUACGCUCUGAUGCAGGUAAAGGGAUUUCUUUACAACCUGCUGCUAAGCUAUAAGAUAGAGGCGUCCGCAAGGACCACCAAGGAUCUUUGGGAGUCGGCACGCGGAUUUAAUGUUACCCCUUCGUCCGGCUUCUGGAUGCAGUUGGUGCCAAGAAAGGAAUAAAAAGACGGAUCAAAAGUUUAUGAAUAAAAUACACAGACAUAUAUUUUA